AGAAACAAAUCCGAAUCUUAAUCGGAAAAGUAAGACAUGGAGAGCAGUCCAUAGUUUGUAUGCUUAAUUGUCCUACAUAAGCACCUCUUCUCUCCUCUAUAUAAAGGCACCACAAUUGAUGACAAAAGACACCACCCCUUAACCAAAUUAACCUCUCCUCUAAGGUUUAAUUUGAUCUUCACCAUCCAAAUUCUUAAUCUCCCAAAAUCAUUUUCAGCCAUGGCAUCACUUAAUUUGCUUAUAACAACCCUUCUAAUAGUUCCCAUUUUAUUUUCCUCUUGUGUUUUUUCCUACUCUUUGAGCUCCAUCAAAUCAUGGUGUAGCCAAACCCCUUACCCUCAGCCAUGUGAGUACUACUUGAGCAACAAUGCCUUCAACAAACCCAUUAAAAACAAGUCAGAUUUCUUCAAAGUGUCUCUUGAACUCGCCAUGCAACGAGCACAAAUGGGCCAACAAAACACCCACUCACUAGGCUCAAAGUGCAGAAGCCCAAGCGAAAGAGCCGCAUGGGCCGAUUGCCUUGAGCUCUACGAAUACACCAUCGAAAAGCUUAACAAAACCGUGGCCCCUCAUGUCGGAUGCACACAGACCGAUUUCCAAACCUGGCUCAGCACAGCUCUUACAAACCUUGAGACGUGCAGGGCUGGGUUCUAUGAACUUGGGGUAACGAACUAUGUGUUACCGUUGAUGUCCAACAAUGUCACCAUGUUAUUAAGUAACACCUUGUCCCUAAACAAGGUUGUUCCUUUCCAGCAGCAACAACAACCACCAAGUAACAAAGAUGGGUUCCCGACGUGGGUGAAGCCUUGUGACAGGAAGCUGCUACAAACAUCAUCAGCGGCUUCAAAGGCGAACGUGGUGGUGGCAAAAGAUGGGUCUGGAAAGUACACGAGUGUGAGUGCCGCGGUGAACGCUGCACCCAAGAGUGGAAGUGGGAGGUAUGUGAUAUAUGUGAAGAGUGGGGUUUACAAUGAACAAGUUGAGAUCAAAGGAAAGAAUAUCAUGUUGGUGGGAGAUGGUAUUGGCAAGACCAUAAUCACUGGUAGCAAAAGCGUUGGAGGUGGCACCACAACCUUCCGUUCAGCUACUGUUGCUGUUGUGGGUGAUGGAUUCAUUGCUCAAGACAUCACAUUCAGAAAUACUGCAGGAGCAGCAAAUCACCAAGCUGUGGCGCUUCGUUCUGGUUCAGAUCUCUCAGUAUUCUACAAGUGCGGCUUUGAAGGUUACCAGGACACACUCUAUGUCUACUCAGACAGACAAUUUUACAGAGAAUGUGACAUCUAUGGUACAAUUGAUUUCAUCUUCGGAAAUGCUGCUGUGGUUUUGCAAAACUGCAACAUUUAUGCGAGAAACCCUACUCAAAAAACCAUCACAGUCACUGCUCAAGGCCGAACCGACCCGAACCAGAACACCGGAAUCAUCAUCCACAAUUCCAAGGUUACUGGUGCCUCAGGUUUCCAGUCGAGCUCUGUUAAGUCAUACCUUGGUAGGCCUUGGCAAAAAUACUCAAGAACUGUAUUCAUGAAAACUAAUCUUGAUAGUUUGAUUAACCCUGCUGGUUGGAUGCAAUGGAGUGGUAACUUUGCUUUGGAUACUCUGUACUAUGCAGAGUAUGCUAACACUGGACCCGGUUCAUCCACUUCGAACCGGGUCACUUGGAAGGGUUACCAUGUUCUCACUAGUGCAUCUCAGGCUUCACCUUUCACUGUUGCCAACUUCAUUGCUGGUAACUCAUGGAUUACAAGCACUGGUGUGCCUUUCACUUCAGGGCUCUAAAUUAAUGUUUCUUACAAUUUGUGAUUACAUGUUAGAGAAUAAUCAAAUUCUGUUAUUCUGAAGAUAAUAACAAAUUCUUUAGAAUUAUUGAAUUUUAUUAUUCUCUAACUAUUUCUAGUUCUUCUAAAUUAUUUGUUCUGUAUAAAUGUAGUUCUUUCCUGUACUAGUGAAUAAGCCAAGGAAAAUUACUUGGCACGGCCAACCAAUUGUAUUGUUAAAUUUGUCUUACUUGUUGUAAAGAAUUGUUAUUCUUGGUGGAAUUGUAUUAUCAAGUAGAUAGAAUCAAAGAUGAAAGUUUCAUUUGGAUGUCUCA